AUGUCUGAUACACUUGACAUGUCUACUGCAUCCUUGGUGUCUCAGCAAUCCGAGCUGGACAUUGACGAUAGUGUAAUUCACAGUAAUCACUCAAGCUUUCAACAGAGCUAUUCCCCUCCGUCACAGCCAACAUCACCUCUUUCGGUUCUACCAGUCAGUCAGUAUACCAUAAACACCGCACGCCUUGAGCAACUUGCUGCUAUGGAUGGGUCAGUGUCUCUUGAGUCAUUACCUCCUGCUCCUGUAGCAGCACCUCUUCCAAUCCCAACCGCGCCGUCUUCUGCCUGGCCUACUUGGCGCACUGUUCUCAGUGCUAUUGUAGACUUUAUAUUCCGAGACAACAAUCUUCCAUUGCUCAUCAACUUAAUCUACCAUCUUGCGGCUGCUCGCGUAUUGAUCGGAAGCCCAACCAAGACUUCAAAGCGCUACCUGGUUACAUUUAGAACCAUUGUAGAGCCAUCUAAAACCCUUGCGACAGAUGCAUUUCGUAUGAUUGGGGUUAUGCAUCUCGCAUUUGGUUUGCUGGCUGGUCUGGCACUAAAAGAAAGAAAGGUGGCUUCGGAACGUUCGGCUCUGUUGGUACUUGCUUUAGUUUCUACUGGGCAGGCGUGGGCUCAUGGGAGAGCUUAUGCUGCUCAAUCCAGACAAUAUACUUUUAAAGCACUGCAAGAAAUCGGAUUGUUGGAUGCAGUGAUAGUGAUGGUUAGCAGUGUGGCGUGGACAAAGACAGUACGACGAACAGGCCGAGUAUUUUAA